AAUAGGAAAAUGGCGGCGCCCAAGGGACAUGCUUUGGUGCACCGGGUAUUGGCAGAAUGUCCCCUGACCAAAGCACGGGCUUGCGAUUUGAUUUUGCCACAUGGUCCAGUGAGCACCCCGGUGUUUAUGCCAGUGGGUACUCAGGGCACCAUGAAAGGGGUUACAGCGGAUCAGUUGCGGGCAUUGGGGUGUGAAAUCUGCCUGGGGAAUACAUACCACCUCGGAAUGAGACCGGGUCCAGAGAUCAUGAGAAAAGUAAAUGGCCUGCAUGGUUUUAUGAACUGGGACCGAAACCUUCUUACGGACAGUGGUGGUUUUCAGAUGGUGUCCCUUGUGGAGCUAUCCAAGGUGACUGAGGAAGGCGUUCACUUUAAGUCCCCCUAUGAUGGGAAAGAGAUCCUGCUGACCCCAGAGAAGUCCAUUGAGAUCCAAAAUGCUAUUGGCUCAGAUAUCAUGAUGCAGCUGGAUGAUGUGGUAAGCAGCACAAUCACAGGACCACGUGUGGAGGAAGCAAUGCACAGGUCUAUUCGUUGGUUAGAUCGGUGUAUUGCAGCAAACAGUAACCCAGAAAAGCAGAAUUUGUUUGCUAUAAUCCAGGGGGGAUUGGAUAGUGAACUGCGGAAAAAGUGCCUGGAAGAGAUGACCAAAAGAGAGGUCCCUGGCUUUGCCAUUGGUGGCUUGAGUGGGGGAGAAGAGAAGGAUCAUUUCUGGAAGAUGGUGACACUCAGCACAGACUACUUACCUAGAAACAAACCUCGUUACCUCAUGGGAGUGGGUUAUGCAACAGACCUUGUGGUGUGUGUUGCCUUGGGUUGUGACAUGUUUGACUGUGUUUUUCCAACACGUACAGCUAGAUUUGGAUCAGCCUUAGUUCCUUGGGGUUCUCUGCAGCUGAAAAACAAGCAGUUUGUUAAAGAUUUUCAGCCUAUAGACAAAGACUGCAAUUGCCCUACAUGUCAAAGGUAUACCCGUGCCUACCUCAAUGCCUUGUUUAAAAGUGACACAGCUGCAAUGCAUCACAUUACAAUACAUAACAUUGCGUAUCAGUUAAAUCUAAUGCGCUCUGUGAGAGAGAGUAUCCUACAGGGCCGUUUUCCACAAUUUGUAGAAGAUUUUAUGAAGACCAUGUAUGGAAGCAGUGAGAAAUACCCACAAUGGGCUAUUGAUGCUCUGGAGUCUGUCAACAUUAAACUGCAGUGACACUAAGACAAAAAUCAUUGUUGUCCUAAAUAAAAAGACUAUUUUUAAUGUUUUAUUUGUUCAAAUCAACGUUGGUUUUUGUUUACCAAUGGACCUUUUUCCCACGUAUCUAUUUUACAUGGACAUACACAAUCCAUUCCAUGCCGGAAAAAUCAUCAACUUUUUACUGCCUAGUUCAAUUUUUUAUAUGUAUAUAUUUAUUGUUUAAUAUUCUUUCUUAUUAUGAGUAUAUUUCUUAGAAAUGUACUCUAUAUUGGUGGUUAUCAGUAAGGCCAAUUUGUAAAAUAGAACACAAAUAUACUUGAGGUAUGUGUGCACAAGCAAGCCGAGCAUAUGCUAUGUAUCCAGAACUGUCUGCUGCUUUCAUGAUCAUUGUAUCAUAAAAGUCUGAAAUGAUACAACCAAAGAACAGACAGAAUCUCCUCCCUUGUCAAACAGUAAUACGUCAGUUCUUGAAUUUGUGUAAUUUUUAGCAUAUUCUUUUUUUUAUAGGGUUUUUAAAAUUUUGCAAUAAAGACUUUUCUCAUAUUGUUAUAGAAAGUUCCACAUUAUACAGAUUUUAAAUAAAUAUUUUAUUUUGGGGCUGUAUAAACAAUGUAUAAAAUUGGUAAUCUGGAUAACGCUAGAAGUGAAUAAAAUAUUUAGAUGGAAAGAAA